AUGAAUAUGAAUUUAGUUGAAUAGACAAAUAGAAAUUGCUUUUAGGAAGAUUAAGAUGUAUAAAAUAACAAUAAAAAAAAUAAAAAAGAAUAAUUGAUGAUGAAGAGAAAGUAAUUGGAAAGAGAAUUGCCAGCUGAUAAAUUUAGAAGACAAGUAUAUUUUUUAAUUAUAGAAAGCAUAUUAAUAAUUUAUUGAAUUUAAAAAUUAAAAAUAAAGGAACAGCAAACAUGAAAGUUCUUAGGAGAAACCAAAGGAAUAAGGGUAAUAUUGAUAAAAAAUUAUAGGGUAAUUAUAUUAAAGAUAAGAUUAAUUAUUUCAAAUGUUUUUCUAAAAAUAUAAUUUUAAAAGUUAUUUUAAUAAUAAUAAUAAUUGUUAUUGA